UUUCUCGAGUGAGAGAGAAAAAGGAGAACAGAGAAAGAGUUAAUCAAGAGUGAGAAAGAAACAAAGUUGAAGAGAGAGAGAGAGAGAUCGGAGAUGUGUAGUUUAACCAGUCCGGCCGGCGAAGUUAAUCAGAGCAAGAGAAGAUCGAAGAGGAUCAAGAAGAGGAAACAGAUGGAAUCAACUUCCAUGGACAAGUCUCCUUCGAAUCUCGAAACGUCUCGUAGGCAGAUCAGGAGGAAAACGAAAAGACCCAAGUUUCUGAGUCUCAAGCUCGAACUCGGCACCUCUCACGAGAUCGAAGAGAGUCGUGGAACCACAAAGAGCAAGAAGAAGAAGAAGAAGAAACAAAAACAGAGCAAGACUAAAGGAGUUGAUACGACAGCGUUUAAGGAGAAGAAGAGAGCGGAGACUGUGGGAGGAGAGAAAGAAGAAGAGCAUUACGACAACGUUGCAGCUUACCUCUUCAGCUCCGCCACCGACAGCUCAAUGUCCUCGAUCCAAGAUCUCCUCCCUUCCUCCGCCGUCCACGUGGAUUGCGGCGGAGGAAGGAAUCUGCCUCCGUACGACCGUCAAGAGCACGGCGGGUCGUCUUCUUCUUCGCUGUUAAAGACGGCGAUGAGGAAAGGAGCGAGCAAGGAAGAGGAGACGACGGAGGAGCGGUGGGUGAGUUAUUCGGAGGUUGUGGAGGAGGUGAUGAGCCGGAGCGGAACUCCACGGUGUUGCGGUGGAGAUGGAAAAGAUGGACGGCGUUCGCUGGCUCUGAAGCUUGAUUAUGAGCAGAUCAUGGAGGCUUGGUCGGAUAAAGGUACUCUUUAUGUCGACGGAGAGCCGCCGCAGACGGUUCCGGACUUGCAUGGUUCAGCUGAUGUGUUUAAUGGCGGCGGAGACUCGGGGAGUUUAUGGACGGUGCCUGAGAUGGAGACGACGGAGAGAUUAUGGAGAGGGCAUAGAGAAGCCAGCUUGCUCCGGUAUAAGGAGAAACGACAAAACCGUCUUUUCUCUAAGCGGAUUCGAUACGAAGUUCGUAAACUCAACGCUGAGAAACGUCCUCGUGUUAAGGGCCGGUUUGUGAAGAGAGACGAUUAGUAAAACCCACUAAGAACUGGUGGUUUAGACUUGUGGUUUGUGGACAUACUAGUCUAUUGAAAUAACCAAGAGGCGGAACCGGAGUAGACCGAGACAUGAAAGGUGUUGGUCUGUAUAGGGGUCUCGACCAGCUCGGUUAUGCAAAACUUUCGGUUUGUUUGCAGCUCUAUUAUUGAAAAAGUUAACUAAUUUGUACCAAAUCAUCUGAACAAAUAAUAAUAACGAAAGUGGAUAUCAACCACGCAUCAUAUUUCUUGUUUUA